AUGAUAGUUGAUCACUGCAGAUCUGCGGAGGCAAGAUUGGCAGCCAAGCGGGCUGCUCGGGCAGAAGCUCGGGAGAUUCGCUUAAAGGAACUGGAGAGACAGCAGAAAGAGAUCUCAGAUGAUGAGGAGAGGAUGUCUGUUGGAAGUCGUGGAAGUUUGAGGCCUUCAGACUAUGGUGCUUUUUUGGGGUCUAGCUCCAGAGCCUCAUCAAGGGCCAGUUCAGCUCGUGCCAGCCCAGUGGUUGAAGAAAGGGCAGAUUUCCUGGAGAAGGGGUCAAGAACAGCAUCCACUCUCUCUGCUGCCACUUUGGCCUCAUUAGGAAGGGGAUUCUCUCGGAGGGGUAGCUGUGAUACCUCAAUAUCCGCUGACACAGAAGCCUCUAUACGAGACAUGAAGGACUCUUUGACUGAGGCUGAGGACAGAUAUCGGAGGGCUAUGGUGUCCAACGCUCAGCUGGACAACGAGAAGGCUAACCUGAUGUACCAGGCGGACACACUAAAAGACAUGGAGCUGGAGGAAGUGCUGUAUGAAACACGCAGGGAGUGUGAUGAGAAAAACAAGGAGUUGGAGCGAGAGCGACAUGCUCACAGUGUCUUGAGCUUUCAGUUUACUGAGGUGAAGGAAACAUUAAUGCAGAGUGAGGUGGUACUAAAGGAUGCACACCAGUUGCACAUGAAGCAGGAGAGCUACGUUAAAGAGAUCGCUGAUCUGAAGGAAACACUGGAAUGGAAGGAGAAAAAAAUUGGGGCACUGAAACAAACAGAAGAGUAUUCAGAUAUUGUGCAAGAUGAACGUGAUGAACUAAGGGAUGAGGUUUUCCGGCUCAGGAAUGCUCUAAAGAAACAUGGCAUUGCUCUUGAAUCAGAUGUAACAACGAAUGGUGAAACAAGCAACGUGAUUAAUGGACCUGAACACUCUAAAUCAGCUCAAGAGACACCUACUAGGUGUGGGGACAGCAAGUUGGAAAGACCUCCAAAAGAUCAAACAUCUGAACUGGACUGCACAUCAAGAAUGGAGCGGAAAUACCACAUAGUGGCACCCAACAGGAUAAUCGGUGCAACCAUCCGAGAAGAAAACAGACCUCCAGCACAUGAAGAUAUCAUUUUAAUUCCUGAAGCACCAUGCAUUGUGGCAAGGAUUCAGAAGUGUACCCAAUUUUCUACCCCAAAUAAAGCGGACAGGGAGUCCGUUAGAGCUGAAAAUAUACCAGAAGCAUUUUCUCAAAGGUUGGACCAGACUAAAGACUGUGGUCUGCCAGGAACUGUUCAAGAAACAUUUACAAGUCAAGAGAAUGGAGUCAAAACAGCAUUAAAGAAUGUACACAAACAAGAGAAGAAUUUGGAAACAAUAUUUUAUAAGGAGAGAGGGGCUUUCAGUGUCACUAAAGAUGCCAACAGAAGCCAAAUGCAGAGGCCAUUAAGACCUUUAAGUAAAGAUAUUAAUAAAGCACUUACCUCACCCCAGAUUAGUAAUACAGAAGAUGAGCUAAACCUUGCAGCCACUCAUCAGGAAAACCAAACAAAUGCAGACGCAACUGAAAUUCCAGGCACCAGUAAAGCCUGCCAAGGUCAUUUUUCUAAGGAUUUUGAAGUGUCAAGUAUCAAAAACAAAGAUAACCCUUUGAGUAAUGAUGAGUCUGAAACUGAGCUGGAUCUUAAAUCUAAGGAUGUUCUACGCUACAUGAUUGCCAUACCACCAGAAGAAAAAGAAAUGCUGGUUGAUGAAAGAGACAGUUUGCUUGAGCAGGUCAGAAAGCUUAAAUUAGUCGCUGACCAGAAGCAGAGGAAUGGCACACAUGAAGAUGUAAGCCCAGGUGACGAUGACCUUCAAAGCAAUAAAGACCCUCAUAUUCUCGACUUACAGAGAGAUGCUAACAGGCAAAUCAGUGACCUGAAAUUUAAACUGGUAAAGUCAGACCAAGAGGUUACAGCACUUGAGCAAAAUAUUAUUCGUCUAGAGAGUCAGGUGACUUGCUACAAAACAGCCUCUGAAGCAGCUGAAAAGGUGGAGGAUGAGCUGAAAGCGGAGAAACGUAAACUGCAAAGAGAGCUAAGAUCAGCUCUGGAUCGUAUUGAUGAAUUACAAAACAGCAACAGCCACCUUUCCAAGAGACUGGAAAAGAUGAAGGCCAAUCGCAGUGCCAUGCUUGCCCAGCAGUGAUACCCGACCAAGCUGCGCUGCCAACCUGAAAGCCGCUUUCCUUGACAUCUCUGUAGCAUCUGCACAUAUCAGCCCAUUUAUCCCGGAGUCUGUAACAUGC